UAUGAUAUUCAUGACGCCUAUACUUGCCUACGGAGUAAUGUCUAUUCGGUUUUGCAUCUACUAGACUUGUCCAGUUCCUGAACAGAGAGAAGAAACGCACAAGAAACACCCCGUCCUCCUCCUCAUCAUCAUCCUGUCUCGGCCUUUUUGUAUAUACGCAGUUGGUCGAGCUCAGCAAGGCGUCACUCAUUAUCGUGUGUCUUUUAUAAACACAUCCCCCCCCUCUCUUUCUUGACACAGCUGUCACUUUUGUUUGUUAUACCCUAGGGAGCAACAAUGUUUCCGGCAUCAACAACAACAUCGCUACGGCCAUGCUCCCUCCUCGCCGCGGGUCUCUUCUGCCUGGGUGCCUUGCGACCCGUAAUGGCCGUGCCGGUGGAGGCCCUGUUUGUUGAGGGCCGAGCACAGAGAGUUAUUACGACGAGCAUCGACACCGACUUCCCGGACCCUGCCCUCAUCAAAGGCGACGACGGCAUGUGGUACUCCUUCGCGACAAACAGCAACGGCAAGAACAUCCAAGUGGCCAGAGCAUCGGACAUCGCGGGGACGUGGGACUUGCUCGACAUGGACGCGCUUCCGCAAGUUGGCUGGGCCUCGGGCUCCAACACGUGGGCGCCCGACGUGCGGAAGCUGGACAACGGGUCCUUCAUCAUGUACUACUCGGGCGAGGUCAAGGACGCCGGCGGAAAGCACUGCAUCGGCGUGGGACUUUCCAAGAACAUCACCGGCCCGUACGUGGCGACGGAUGAGCCGUGGGUGUGCCCGCUGUCGCAGGGCGGGGCCAUCGACGCCUCGGGCUUCUACGACGAGCCGACCAAGAAGCAUUACGUGCUCUACAAGGUGGACGGCAACAACAUCGGCCACGGCGGCGACUGCAACAACGGCGUCGAGCCGCUCGUAGACACGCCCAUCAUGAUGCAGGAGGUCAAGGCGGACGGGGUCACCAUGGUCGGUGACCCGGUGCAGGUACUCGGGAGGACGGACGCCGACGGCCCGCUCGUGGAGGCGCCGAACCUCGUGCGCACCAGCGACGGGCUGUACAUCCUCUUCUUCAGCAGCUUCUGCUUCAACUCGGACAAGUACAACGUCAACUACGCGACGAGCAAGAGCCUCAAGGGCCCCUACCAGCGCGCGCCGCGGAUGCUGCUCCAGACGGGCGACUUCAACCUCACGGCGCCCGGCGGCGCCACUAGCGUGGUCGGGGGCGGCCAGAUGGUGUUUCACGCCGUCUGCCCCGGGGCCGCGCCGUCGCGGUGCAUGUACCAGACGGUUUACUCGGUCACCGGCACGGACGUCAUCGUCAGCUGAAGAGGGCUUGAGCGGGAAUUGAGAGACGGAUGAUUGUUGACAGUGGAAUGGUGGUACUUCUUCUUCUUUUU